GGGAUCCCGUUGGGUUUUGUGGGGUUUUGUUGGGUUCCUGUUGAGUUCUGGGGGGUUCCCAUGGGGUUUUAUGGGGUUUUAUUGGGAUUUUGUGGGGCAUUGUUGGGUUCUGUGGGGUUUUGUUGGGUUCCCGUUGAAUUUUGAGGGGUUCCCGUUGGCUUUUGUGGGGUUUUGUUGGGUUCCCAUUGGGUUCUGUGGGGUUUUGUUGGGUUCCCGUUGAAUUCUGGGGGGUUCCCGUUGGGUUCUGUGGGGUUUUGUUGGGUUCCCAUUGAUUUUUUGGGGGUUCCCGUUGGCUUUUGUGGGGUUUUAUUGGAUUCUGUGGGGCGUCUUUGGUUUCCAGUUGGCUUUUUUUUGGGUUCCAUGGGCUUUCAUUGGCUCCUGGUGUCCCCUCCCUGCUUCGCCGCCCUAUGGGGCGCCCCAUAACCUCCCCCCACGCCUCCCCCCGGCGCAGGGGUGAAGGUGAUGUUCCGUGUGGGGCUGGUGCUGCUGCGCCAGGCGCUGGGCUCCCCCGAGAAGCUGCGCAGCGCCCAGGGGAUGUACGAGACCAUGGAGCUCCUGCGAAGCGUCCCCCCCCCGGGGCUGCACGAGGACGCCCUGGUGCACCAGGUGGCGGCGCUGCCGGUGUCGGAGGCGCUGAUUGAGCGCGAGCGUGGGGCGCAGCGGCGGCGCUGGACGGAGACGCGGGGGGAGAUGCUGCGGCCGCCCCCCCCACAGCGCGGCCCCCACGGAGCCAGGGGG